CCUUAUUCCCGAUAUUUUCUGGUAAUCUGAUAGCGCUUAAGACGCUCUCUUAGUAUAGGAGCGCGGUCAAAAUCGAUACACAACAGAGUAUAAAAUAUCAAACUACAACGAAUUUGACAGUUCGCGUCAACCCAACUCCAAGAUUCUCCACUAAUCACCCGCAUUUGUGUAUUAAGGAAAAAUCCAUGCCCCACUUUAAGUCAUCAAUGCCAUCACCUUUCUAAUCACCCAUUGAUUACGCUUAAUGUACAUUCAUUUUCAAAUCCACAUUUUUUUAGACCGCCAUCUGAAGCGUCAAAGCGCAUCUCCUGCCCGAUCAAGCAACUCCUCGCAACUAAUUUAUUUCGUCUCGCCUCCAACCAUCUGCAUCUCAAAUCCAACACAAACAAUAACAAUAAACACGCUUAAUCUCUGAACUUUAACACCGUAAACCUCGACUUAGUUCGGUCGAGCUAACCGCAGAAUGUGGAACAAAAUCGCAAUAACCUUGUUCGUCCUGACCAAAUUAAAACAGGUGCAUUGUAUCGACGACUGUUCAUCGCUAAGAACCUGCCAGCAGUGCAUGCAUGCACCAUCGUGCGGCUGGUACCUGCAGUAUCGGACGGUCAACGGUUCCGGGUGCUUCAAAAAGGACCGCCUGGACCUGGAACGAAGGGACGCAACCAAGGGCUACGUCCACCCUCCAAAAAGCAGCUUGUACGUCAUAAGCAGUCGAGGGAAUGAGGAGUUCGCGCCUCAGGCAGUCUUCCUGAAUUUGAGACUAGGCGAGACUUUCGCCUUUCCCAUAACCUUCACACCGCAGCGCCCAUCGUGGGGCAAACGGGCCGUCGAACUCCAACACAACUACCACAAACCCAGGAUAAAGCUGGCGUUUUUCAGCGACUGCGGUGGUCAACACGAAGAGGCGAUCGAAACCAGCCAGUGUGACAACGUCGAGUUUGGUAAAUCCGUGGAGUUUGUGGUCAAAGUCCAGCAAGUGGUUUGCGCGAAACGUCAACCCGAGAAGAUCAAAACGGUUGAGAUCAGCGCUGCCCCCAGUGGUGCCACCUUCCGGCUGAAUUUGUACGUCCACUGCAACUGUCCUUGCGAGAUGGAAGGCACGAAGGGCAAUCCGGAACUACCCGAAGAAGUUCCGGGGUGUCGCGGCAGGGGCGAGUUCGUGUGCGGGGUGUGCUAUUGCAACGAGGGGUGGGCGGGGGACAGUUGCGAAAUUAACACGACGAACGUUAUGACGUGAUUAAUAAAUCAGUAGAAAACUA